UCGGGAUGUUGAAGUGAACAGACGCCGAUCAAGGAUCUCCAUGGCGUCCGCGCUGGUCGCGCUGCUGCUGCUGCCGAGUGCUGGCGCCUUCCGAGUGAUCAAUUCGUCGACCGAUCCGCUGACUAGGACACAUGCGGUCUUUGAGCCGUACGAGACUGGUCAUGUGGGGUACUACGGAGACCCGAGCAACCCGUCGGCUGAACGACUGAACGAAGGCUCGCCGUACUCGCCCGACACGCCUCGGAUCUUCUUCAGCGCUCCACUGCAGCGUACAGUCUAAGUUUUUGGUUAUGGCUGUCGAGGUUUGAGAUUUGUUGACUGAAUUCCGUCUGCAGAAUCGUGUCCAGGGAUGGUGGGUCCUGGACGCAACGGCGAAUUCUACUGCUUCAGUCGCGAGUACGGCUACUGCGAUCGACGCAGCGGGCUAUGCGUCUGCAACCAGGGGUACACUGGGUUAGAGUGCACAGCAUGCCAGCCAGGUUACUUCAAACGAGGGGGGUUAUGUCUUGCCAAGAGUAAGUGUCAACAACCUUAUUGCGACGAUUGCACUCCUGGCUGACUACUGUUGGUUUGAAAGAGAGCUGUCCAAAUGAUUGUUCAAGAGGUGGUGAAUGUGACUACGCUACAGGCAUGUGUAUAUGUGAACCCACACGGCGCGGAGUGGACUGCUCGCAGCGGUUUUGCGCGUUUGAUGAGAAGUGUGUGAGCUGUACGAGCACUGUUUGUCUUCAAUGUGUGGAGAAAUUCUACGUAGACCCAGCUACACAGAAGUGUGUGUCCUGCGCGCGCUAUGACCCGCGAUGUCUAAGCUGCAACCAUCACAAAUGCCUUACGUGCGCAGACUUACAACUCAACUCGGUUCGUCGCAGCGGUGCACGGCGUAUCGAUCAACCAUUACCAGAUGACGAACGUUUACGCGAGUUUUCACAGACGUUCGUCUACGGUAGUCAAGAUCCGCGAGUUUUUGACGAAGCAGAAUCCUAUACUCUAGCUCCUGCCUCCUAUUCUUCGCUACCAUUAAACGAGAGCAGUGUGACUUGCACGCAAGGUGGAAACGCGGACGCUGGGUGGACGUGCUCAUCUUUUCCAGAGUCACAUCGUGUAUGUGGGCACCGCGGUGUCUUCUCUUUCGUGUCGCCACUUUACGCCAUUGCUGAAGCUGCUGGGAGCAUCACUGUGACAGUGCAACGAUCUGGGGGUGGACUUGGACGUGCCGUAUUACUGUAUGAUUUAGAGCACGUAACCACGACACCAGGAGAUGUUUCUCCCACGAUGUUUUACACUAGUUCACAGACGCUGGACUUCGCUCCGGGCAUUGUAUCGCUCUCUUACAAGCUCCAGGUCCACGAUGACCACGUUUUGGAGAGCAGCAAAACGUUUAGGCUUCGACUUCGCGAGCCUUUUGCACCGACUGACUUACUUGACGCUGCGCCAGCAACAUUGGGGAAUCAAUGGCGCACACUCGUGACCAUUUUGGAUGACGAUGUUCUUCGACCGGUUGCCAAUUUAUCGUUUGUAGUUAAUCCUGUUACCACGCUGCUGAAAGGUGGAGCUGCAGGUGACCAAAUGACUUUCAAGAUUCAGAGUGUGUUGGGAAAUGGUGCACCCGGUGUCGACCCAUCCGGCGAAGCUGUCUUCCUGAUGACCUCGUACAUUGAAGAAGACGAUUACAGCACUGGAGCUGCAGUAUUCCGCACUCUUCGACUCGGAAAAGUGACAAAAAGUGGAGGAGUAGGUAUAUCGAUACUCACUUGUACGUGGAUGCGCGAACUUGCAGGUAACUUUUCAGUUGCUGUUCAACUGUUGUACCCUGGUGGGCUGCGUGGAGAAUACUAUGGAGAUGCUUGGCUAGGAGAAUCAUUUGAUUCGACACCGACUGCACCAGCCGUGUUGGCUCGUAUUGAUCGUCAUGUGAAUUUCACGUGGAAUACAGGUCCGCCUUUUCCUGGAGCUCAAAGUCACCUGUCUGUCCGCUGGAGUGGCUGGCUCAAGCCACUCGUCACGGGGACAACCAUGAUUGCGGUGUCAGUUGUCGGCUAUGCGCGUUUAUGGGUCGAUGAUGUGCUUGUCAUCGAUCGCUGGGGUGCUGGAGGUGAAUCAGAUAACGAACUUCCUGUAAUCAGGACGGCGGCUGGAGUGAAUUUGGAUAAUUCAAAACUGCAUUCUCUUCUUCUGGAGUACCGAGCACCAAGGCAAGGAGAUGUUUACGUUCGAUUGUUAUGGGGAAAUGUCGGAAGUGCGAAGAUGGAGGCCAUCCCAGCUCAACAACUCUACUCAGGCAGUCAUGUUCAGGGUUCUCCUUUCACCAACGUGGUUGUGACACCAGCUUUGACGGCAAGUACAGCGCUAUCAGCUUCUACUAUACGCAAUGACGGAACAUCCGCAUCUCCAGCUCUCCAAAUAAUUGCAGGCGAGACCUUUGCUUUCAGCGUCUUGCCGUGUGACAAAUACGGAAAUCGCCGGCGAUCACGAGAUCAGCACGGUACGAAACGAGAUAUUAUAGCUGCAACUCUAACGUUGACAAACGACCGAAGUCUUGGAGGUAAAGGUACCCAAAUGGAGGACGCAUUGGUAUCGUGGGAUGGAGAAUUGGACGUGUUCCGCGUACUGACAAGACCACAGCGCAGUGGAGAUUAUUCCAUGAGUGUGAGUAUCAACAGCGUUGACUUGGCAGCGAGCCCUUUCACGGUAGCUGUAGUACCAGCUCAGCUUAACGCGGCAGAAUGCGUUGUCUCUGGAUCGGGAAUAUUUGCUGGUCGUGUGGCUGGGCAGGCUACAAAUGUACUGCUUGAAACGCGAGAUCUGUACGCAAACCGCAUCUACACUGGAGGAUUAACUGGUCUUAAGCUUCAAGCAUCACUCGUGACAAGCAAAGUUCCAACCGUAGCAACAGGCCAAAUUGCCGACAAUGCCGAUGGGACCUACAAGUUCACGUACAUACCUCGUAAAGCAGGGAGCUACAGUGUCUCAAUCACGUGGGACGGCGUUCAUUUGCACAACAGUCCGUAUGCGAUUACUGUCGCGCAUAAUACCCCUGUGGGAUGGACAAGUAGUGCCCAAGGCCCUGGUAUCGUCUCCGCGAAAACGAAUGUGCAAACGACUUUCCAAGUGACAACUCGGGAUUUAUCUAGUAACGAUGUACUGACUGGCGGAGUGGCUUCAGCAUUGAGUGUGGUGCUCGAGCUUCCUGGUAAGAACAACGUUAGUGGAAGCACAUGUACCGACUUGUUGAAUGGACACUAUACGUGCGCAUACAUAGCGCACUACGUUGGCAUCACACGACUGCAUGUGACGCUAGCAAACCAACCAAUAAUUGGAAGCCCGUUUUUGGUAAAUGUCACUGCUGGACCAGCAUUGGGAUCACGUUGUGUGGCGUCAGGUGGCGCUUUGGUUUCGGCGGUUGCUGGAGAGCGAACAAACUUCACCGUUAGUAUAUAUGAUAUAUUCGGGAAUGCGAAGACUAACGCUGGCAGCGAAAGCAUCGCUGUCACAUUCACUGGUCCAGGUGCAGUCGCAACGACUGUGAAUGCUGCUGUCACAGUAAAAUAUACCGGCAAUGGAGUUUUCCUUGUGGCAUAUACACUAAGCGUAAAAGGCAGCUACAAGAUCAGCGUGACUGUGGAUGGAGUUGCCAUUAUCUCUAGUCCAUUUACCAUGUAUGCGUAUCCAGCCUUGGCAUCUCCAAUAACGACAUCGCUGGAUCUGCUCUCUCCACCAUUUCCCAAGACGCAGGUCGAUCCACCGCUUGUCUUUAGGGCAGGCAUACCCAUUGUGGCGAGACUUACCACACGAGACGCUUUCGGAAAUGUGCUGGAGACUGGAGGUAAUCGUUUUCAGUUCAAUGAUGCCGUACGUUCAUUUCUUAAAGCCCCAAUUACGGACGAGAAAAAUGGGAGUUAUCUAGUCACCCUUCGGCCGAAGCGCAGCAUGCUGUUUCCUUUUACGCCAAAGCUCAUGAUGCCAGGAGGUGUAAACGGUUCGUACUACUCCGCGAGUGCAGUUCCUGUGGGAACCGCUACAGCAGAAUCAUCACCAGAUCGCUCGCUUCUGGUGCUAAAGCGGCGCGAUGCGACACUAAAUUUUGACUUUGGAGAGAAGCCACCUGCACAGGUGUCGUCUGCUGAGACUUUUAGUGUUCGCUGGGAUGGCUUCCUGCUGCCACGCUUCAGUGAAGUUUACACGUUUGAAGUGGGUGUGUUGGGCAUCGCUAGUCUACGCAUCGACAGCACUUCGGUUGCUGUUCAGAAGGGUGUAGAUGUGUUAAUGAAGGUAGCCCUCACAGCGCAAACAUUCGUGGAUCUUGAGCUGAAUUUCUCAAAGCCAAGAGCGAUACCCAACGCCACAGUAUUUCUUUGGUGGAGUAGUCUGUCUCAAUCUCGCGAGAUUGUUCCUUCUUCUCAACUCUUUACUUCCUGGAGGAUUGUCAACAAUGCCCCGCCACUCGAUAUCAAACCUGCUACUGCAGACCCAACAAAGUUUACUCCAGAAUUCGGCACAUCGUCCUUAAUACCGGAGUCGAUGGCAGUGCGAGCAAGUGUGGACAAGUCCUUUAUCUUCACUGUGGUGGCACGCGACAGCUUCAGUAACAAACUUAGCGGUGAAGAUUACUGCACACUAUACGUGUUGCUUCCGCAGGGGCUUACUGGGAAUGCCCAACCCGAUAUAUCGACCACCGAUUUGUUGGACGGCUCGUACAAAGUCAACUUGGUUGCUCAUUUAAUUGGCAACUUUUCGUUGUACAUAGCUGCUCUUCCUGACGCGAAGAAGACGAAUGUUCCUCCUGGUGGCGACGCUUUGGUAACAUUCUUGGCUCCGUACAACAUCAAAGGCAGUCCAUUUAAACUCCAAGUUGAUCCUGGUCUGCCUAGUGCAGUGACUUCUACGCUCAUCGGUGGCGGUUUUGUGUCAACGACAGCUGGAGUUCUCACUAGUUUCGUACUGGAGCUUCGUGAUGGGAGUAUGAACCGCCUCACAGCUCCCAUGGUGACUUCAUAUCUUGGUCAAGUUCGAAUCAAGCUAAGAAGUUUGAGUACAGGCACCGAAGUAUCUGCGAAGGUAUCUCAAAUGGGUGAAGGAGAUCAGAACUUCUUGUCGGCCAAUGAGGUACUCGUUGAGUACACAAUUACUCUCACUGGUCUACAUGCUGUGUUGCUUAGUGUUGACGGAGGUAAAUCUUUUACACAAAAGACAGUAACGCUGCGAGUUGUCCCCAAGGUUGCCACUGCGGUCACAUCUUUCGUGUCCCCUAACGGCGCAGGAGUGACGGCAACGGGCGUAGGCUUGGGACCGCAGAUAUUCACCAAACAGGAUUACACGUAUCACGUCACAGCUCGGGAUGCGUUUGGCAAUAUUCGUGAUAGUGGUGGCGACCUGUUGGUUGCUCGCAUUCACGGCCCCGACAGCUCAGCGGGUAACGUUACAGAUCUCGGCAACGGUGACUAUGUUGUGACCUACCGCGUCAUGAUACCUGGGGCAUACGAGAUCGAGACGCGAGUCGCCGAGCCGCAGCGUGGAUUAACUGGGUAUUAUUACAUCGAUACGGGAUCUCUCCAGCGUAAUUUAGCGAGUGCCAUGCGCACUGUGGACGCCGUGAUCGACUUUGACUGGAGUAAAAAUGUUAGCAUGAGAGGAUUUCCGCGCGUUGUUUGGAGAGGCUUCCUUCGUCCGACUUUUACAGAGGAAUAUACGCUGUGGGUCAAAGUUCAAAGCGACGUCGGGAGUGCCGCUGGUGUCUACAUUGACGGGAAAACAAUAAUCGACGGCUUGAACACUGCUGCAACCUCCGGACACGUGACACUCGUCGGUGGUCGACUCCACGCCGUUGUCGUCGAGUACCAUAGUGCGUCACUGCAACAAGAUCCAGGAUAUCUAUCCUUAUUCUGGCAGAGCGUUCGGCAACCAUCGCAGCUCAUUCCUACACAGUCUUUAAUCGCGGAGGCCUCCGAAGUUCUACCACGAACGCAGUUCGUAGCUGUCAACUAGUAAACAAUCCAAUCCGUACUAUUGCCACUUUUAAUGCGUCUCCAAGGGCGGCUUGAACGGUCGAUCUCGUCCGCCAAAGCGAAGUUGUCCAGACUCCUUCUUGCCACCCAAACCACCUCCAAGUCUCCGCGGUUUCCACCCUUUCAUAACUCUGCUCCGUUCAAAGUCUACCAGUAUAGUAGCUCCAUCAAUCAUGCGUCGAUGGGCCUGUCUGUAGGCUCGUUCGAAAUCUCGCUCGUGCUCGAACUCGAUGAACGCGUAGCCCUUGGAUUUGUCGGUCUUUUUGUCCCGCACAAGUCGAAGUCGACGGAUGGGCCCAUAAUUGCUGAAGAAAUCUCGGAUCGUCGAUUCUGUCGUGUCAAAUGACAGUCGCGCCACGAACAGCGUCGCGUACGGGUCGCCCUGGAUCUGCGGGUCCUUUGUGGCGUCGUAUUUGGCAUCCUUGGCCCGUACCAGGCCUUUGUCGUGCGGAGUCGUGUCAGUACCAUCGAUGCUGCCAAUCUGAACGGGAUUAUACUCCUCGGCGAACCAGCCGCGACGCCAAGAGUAUGGUUUGAUAUCAGCCGGCUCGGUCCUGUCACGACUUCGACUCCUGCUUCGACUUCGCCGACGCUUGUCCUCUCGAGUCAUCGGAUUAGUUCAAUUGAGAGAUGUCCAAAUAGAAAAUCGGUCUAGUUUUUGAACCUAUUUUUUUCGUGAAUGUUGCACGAAGGAAAAUGAGGUGGCCAAUUUACCAAUUUUUAAAUUGACAAACGAAGCGAAGUUGC